AUGGCGGCGGAACAGCGAAAGCUGCUCGAGCAGCUCAUGGGAGCCGAACAGCUCACGGGAUCAGGCGCACAUGGUCGCAAUGCCCAACUCUCCAUUACCGACAGCAAGGUCUGCCGUUCCUACCUCGCUGGUACUUGCCCGCACGACCUGUUCACCAACACCAAGCAAGAUCUCGGCCCUUGUCCUAAGGUUCACAGCGAGGGCCUAAAGACCGAAUACGAUACUGCGUCUGCCGCCGAGAAAGCGAAAUGGGGAUUUGACUUCGAUUACCUGCGCGACAUGCAGAAGUACAUUGACGACUGUGACCGCCGAAUCGAGACUGCGCAGCGCCGACUGGAGAAGACUCCGGAUGAGAUUCGACAGACAAACGAUCUGCUCAAACAAAUCGCCGACCUUUCCAACACCAUCAAUUCCGGCCUCCUCGAAGUCUCCAUCCUCGGCGAGACAGGCUCUGUCGCACUGGCACUGAAUGAAAUGUACAAGGUCCGAACAGCCAAGCAGCAAAAAGAAAGCCUCGAGCGCGAUCUCAAGAAUCUGCAAGAUACAUCUGGUCCAUCCGGCCACCAGAAACUGCAAGUCUGCGACGUUUGCGGUGCCUACUUGUCUCGUCUUGACAAUGACCGCCGCUUGGCAGAUCACUUCUUCGGAAAGAUGCACAUGGGUUACUCAGACAUGCGCACGAACUGCAAGAAGCUGAGCGCAGAGCUGAAGGGCCGGGCCCCGCCAGUGCGCCACCACGAAGAAGAUGAUAACCCUUACGCCUCUGGUGGUCGCCCGGGUGCUGGUCGGGGUCCCCGUUAUGGAGGUGGUGGCGGCGGUGGUGGUGGAUAUCGGCGCCGCGGCGGUGGCAGAUGGUGA